AUGAACUUCAAGCUCUGCUCAUCGUUUUUGGCAGUCCUCUGCGUAGUGGCACUUGCCGUCUCUGCGGCCUCUUGUUCUCGGACACCGGUUGUCGCUCUCGACUACUCGACCUUCGAAGGUUUCACUGUUGGCAAUGUGUCCCAGUAUCUUGGAAUGCCGUUCGCAGCUCCUCCAGUUGGUCAGUUGAGGUUUCGCAAACCGAGCCCGCCUCUUCAUAAACGCGGCGUGCAUCGAGCAACAGAAUUUGGCCCCGCUUGUCCCCAGCAAGCACUCUCCCCGCUUCCUGGUAUUGAUUUUGCCGGAAAUUAUUCCUCCAUUUCUGAGGAUUGUGAGACUCGUUGCUUCCGGCUCUCCCGCAUGCCGAGGCUAAUCUAUAAUUUCAGGCCUCUCAAUCAACGCGGGUUUGAAAUUGGAGAUGCUACUGACACACCUGCUAGCACCCUUGUUGAGCGUUCCAUCGCACUGGGUCAACCUGUCAUCGUUGUUAUCCCUAACUAUCGGAUCAAUGGUCUUGGUUUCUUGGCAGGCAGGGAGGUUCUCGAGGCAGGCGUAAGCAAUUUGGGUCUCCACGACCAGCGCUUUGCGCUUGAGUGGAUACAAAAGUAUAUCUCGGAUUUUGGAGGAGAUCCCCACAAAGUUACUAUAUGGGGCGUAAGCGCGGGGGCGGUGUCAGUAGCGUUGCACCUACUCAAUCCUAAUGGCAACUCAUUAUUUCAUGCCGCCUUCAUGGAGUCUGGCGGGCCCCUUCAGAUUCCUAAGGUAUCCGACGGCCAGAAGGAAUACGAUGCUAUUGUCGAUACCGUAGGGUGCACACAUCACCGAGACACAUUAGCUUGUCUGCGCACUGUUCCCUUGAAUGCAUUGACAGCUGCGAUCAAUGAGACACGGGAUAUCUUCUCGUUCUCGAGCCUUAACCUCGCCUGGAUACCUCGCGUCGAUGGGGACCUGAUCAAGGAAGAGCCAUACACUCUCAUCCGCCGCAAAGCAUAUGUCAAGGUCCCUUUCAUCACAGGUAACUGUGAUGACGAAGGAACCCUGUUCUCGUUGUCUAACAUGAACAUAACGUUCGUUGACAACUACCUUCCUUCUGCGACGGCUGAGCAAAUACAGCGAAUCGCGAAUGUGUACCCCGAUGAUCCCAGUCAGGCACGAUCACACUUCGCGAUCGCUCCAACCAUGACUCUAAUUCAGAAACAGGGUUCGCCGUUCGAUACAGGCACUGCGAACGCUUUGACGCCUCAAUUCAAGCGACUCGCAGCCGUUCAAGGGGAUAUUUUCUUUCAAGGCCCGCGACGUUUUCUACUCGAGACAGCUUCAGAGACUCAAAACGCCUGGGGUUACUUAAACAAACAGGGAAAGACUUCCUCGUCCUUGGGCGCUUCGCAUGCAUCGGACGGCGGUGAAUGGUUUGGAUCACGCAAUCCCACUGAGCCUUUCGCUGUUGGCGCAAUGAUCAAUUUCAUUAAUACGUUCGAUCCCAACGUCCCGGCAAAUCCUCACUGUGUGCCCAAAUCAUCAUUGUUUUGGCCGCAGUGGCAGGCGUCGACAGGCGUUCCAAUUUUAGUCUUCAGUGACCCAUCCAAGUUGUCAAUCAGCAACGAUACUUUCCGUGCCGAGCCCAUGAGGGUCUUGAACGAGAUACUCUCACUGGGGGCUAUUGAGAGCACACCGCUAUAG